ACAGGCUUCCUGCAUCAGUGCAUCAUGGAGAGACCUGCUGUGGCGACGGCCCGCAGGAGUCCCACGGUGCCAGACUACAACACCUCAACCUCCACAUUGGCCUUCGACCAGCAUUUCACCACGACUGGCAAAGGAAUACUUCUCCUGGCUGAGAUAGUGUGUGGUAUGUUAGUGUGGAUCUUGGUUGGAGGCACAGAUUAUUUUCAUCUGUCUGCUCUCUGCUGGGUGAUGUUUGUGGCCAUCUCGUUCUGGGUCCUCACAGUUUGCCUCUUUUUAAUUUACCUCACUGGAGCCCACAACAGGAUAACACAGAUCCCCUGGACAACUGUGUCGCUGUGUUUUGACUGUAGUGCGACUGCCUUGUAUCUGGUGACAGCGGUGGUGGACGCGCUCUCCGUCAACCAGGCCAUCAGGGGGCGACACAACUACAACUGCUGGGCAGGUUCUGCAUUCUUUGCAUCUCUGACCACUCUGUGCUAUGCAGGAAGCAGCUACCUGAGCUACCGUGCCUGGAAGACCGCGGAAGAAGAGCAGUAGUCUAAUUUAGGCGUCGUUCAGACUUCUUCAUGUGUCAGAAGUGGAACACAUAACAAGUAUAAGUCAGGAUGAGGUGGAAAAUAAAUUGUUAAAACAAAAAAUGUACAUAGGUAAAGUAUAGAUCCCAUUUGACGCGACACACAGUACACGCUGGUGUCACACUUACAAAACAAGUGCAGCUUGUCAUCUUUGCACCAAGUAACUGUCUGUAAACUAACAAUAAAACAAGUAAGACACACAAUGCAAGUAUUGAAUGCAAAACGUUUUAUUAUUUCUUCUUUUAUUAUUAUUUUGUUGUAUAGAUUUUGUACGAAGGCCCCAAGAGGGGAAAAAAUAGGAGGUCACAUGGUGCAAAAAUUUAUCUUGUAUUGAACAUGUUUUUUCUUUAACCAUUAAAGACAAGCAUGAAUAGAAAUCA